AUGACCAACCAUGAUGAUGUUGACAAUAGUAACAACCUAUUGAUACAUACUUCCUUCUUAUCAACCUUUGGUGAGAAAUCAGCGAAGAAGUUACCUUCAUCAAUCACUGAGCUGACAAUUGCUAGACAUGGCGUUAAUCCGAUUAGACCACAAUCGUUACCAGAGUCACUGGUUAUACUUAGACUUGGAGCGCACUUUAAUCAAGCAUUCGAGCCACACUCUUUACCAGACUCAUUAACAGACUUAAGGUUUGGGUAUCAGUUCAAUCAACAAUUGACAUUGGGCUGCUUGCCAACCAGUCUUACCAAGCUGUACUUUGGACGACACUUUAACCAACCUCUGAGGGAACAUGUGUUGCCAGACUCGUUACUUGACCUCACAUUGGGCUUUGACUUUGACCAGCCUCUUGGACAGGGCGUGCUACCCAACUCUCUGGUGCGACUCAAGCUGAGCUACUUGUAUAGGCAACAACUCGUCACGCCUCCAUCGCUCACCGAGUUGCAUUUUCGACACUACUUUGGGCGUGAGCUCGUGACCGACAUGCUCAAUGACUCGCUCACCAAGCUAACAUUGGGCUCCCAAUUCCAAUGUGAACUUGAGCCUGGACUGCUCCCCUCAUCACUGCGCACACUACAUCUAUAUUGCAACUACAGUCACAACUUACUAAUGGGCUCUUUGCCUGAGGGCCUGGAAGACCUGUCACUUGGGUCAUCAUUCAAUCAUCCUAUACUGCCAGCCAUACUUCCCCAGAGUCUCAUCAAGCUUGUCUUUAGCGAUUGCUUUGACCAGCCAAUCUCGCCAGGUAGUCUGCCGGCCUCCCUAAAGGAUAUUACAUUUGGAAUGAACUAUAACCAACCGCUUGUGCCAGGUGCCCUUCCACAUGCUCUACAACGUCUACAGUUUGGAAUGAGCUUCAAUCAAUCGAUCAACAGAGUGACCAUGUCACAAUCACAUGGAGGAGAGAUUGACAUGCCAGUGUUGCCAUUGCCAGUGUUGCCAUCAUCAAUCACCGAUCUUAAGUUUGGAUAUGAGUUCAACAUGUUGAUCGAACCAGGAUCAUUGCCAACAUCACUCACUAGUCUGGAGUUUGAUGAUGUAUUCAAUCAAGUCUUGGAGAUUGGAACAUUCCCAUCGUCAUUGACGAUUCUAACUUUCCAUGAUGAGUUUGAUCAGCUGCUACAACCUGGUACUCUGCCACUCUCUCUAAAGACUUUGAUCUUGGGUGACUCAUUCAAUCAAAUAAUCGGUCCAGACGUGCUACCUCUCAACCUAACAACAUUAGUACUUGGAUUGUUCUACAGCCAAUCAAUGCCAUACCUGCCACAAUCAAUCACUCAGUUGACCGUCAGCUUCUCCUUUGAUACGGAACCAUUCAUCCACCAAUGGAGCAUUCCAGAUUCUCUACACACCCUCAGCAUCGCCAACAUCUCAUCACAGAUUGAUAUACUUGGUCAUUGUCCAGGAUUGAGACAUAUGAUCAUCUCGGACAUUGGCAAUGCUCAUCAAUUGAUUGGACGUCAUCGUGAUGAUGAAUCUAUUGUGCUGGAUCUUGUCAAGCCUCUGACCACACUUGAUAGCCUGGUCCUAAAUGGACGCCUGGAACAUUUGGAAGACCUAUCAAGUAUACUCAACUUCUUUGCACCAUUGGAUGUGCCAUGCAUCCGAAUCAAGCUGGUUGACGAUGACAUGCUCCUACAUGCCCAAAUCCGCUACAUUGGCGCUGACUACUAUCUCGUGAUCAAUCACAAGUUGGAAGGUGGAGUGAUGCGCUCCCACCAAAUCGUCGGGUUCCUCAAAACAAUCCAGGUGGAAACUGACUAG